CUUCAGUGUCAGGCCUCUGUGGCUUUGUAUAUCUUAGCAUAGCAGCUCAUACAUCAUUUAGUUGAAGCUACAGUUUAAAAAUAAGACAUGUCUUCUGAAAAGAAGCCCAAAAAGAAGAAGCCAGAGUCUUCUACAGCAGAGACCAAUGGAACCGAAGCCAAACCUAAAAAGACAAAGUGUAAGAAGAAUGGAGAGUUAUUGGCCGAGAGCAGCCCAGCCAUUCAAAAUGGAGAGAAAGUGAAGAAGAAGAAAGUAGAGAAAGAGAAGGAAUCACCAGAGAAGGAGAAAGAACCCAAAAAGAAAGCUAAAAGCGCUCCAAAGAAAAAGAAGAGCUCUACAGAAGAUGAUGAUGAUGAAGAGGAUGAUGGGGAAAGCACGCCUCAGAAGAAGACGAAAAAAAAGACUUCAAAGGAAACUUCUGAUGGAAAAGAAAAAGAAAGAGAUAAAGAAAAGGACAAAGACAAAAAGUCCAAAUCUAAAGAUGUUAAAGAGGACACAGACAGUAAAUUAAAAUCCAAAGGCAAGAAGAAGGAACCAGCCUCUAUGUUUCAGAUAAAUGGAGACAAGCCUGAAACCAAAAGUAAAAAGAAAGCUGCCAAAUCAAAGAGUGAAGACGAGAGCGAACCAGAAACCAAAAGCAGCAAGACAAAGAAGAAAAGCAGCUCAAACCCAGCGUCCAUGUUCCAGACCGGAGGAGACAAAGACAAGGACAAGGACAAAAAGACCAAAAAGUCCAAAAGUCCUGCUAAAACAGAAGAGAGUGAAGAAUCAGAUUCAGAAGUGACACAGAAGAAGAAAAAGGGAAAAGGGAAAAAAGGCAAGAAGGAGGAAAGGGCACCUUCUCCCAUCAUCGAGUUUGACAAUCUGGAGGAGUUUGUACUUCAACCUGCUCAACAAGGUGUCACUGUAAAGUGUAAAGUGACCCGUGACAAGAGAGGAAUGGACAAAGGCCUUUAUCCAACAUACUACCUGCACCUGGACAAUGAGAAAAAAGUGUUUUUGUUAGCGGGGAGGAAGAGGAAGAAAAGCACAACCUCAAACUACCUGAUCUCCAUCGACCCAACUGACCUCUCGAGAGGAGGAGAAAACUUUAUCGGGAAGUUGAGGUCCAAUCUGAUGGGAACUAAAUUCACAGUGUUUGAUAAUGCACUACAUCCGGACAGAGCACUCCCUGACAUGUCCAACGCACGACAGGAAUUAGCGGCCAUUAUUUAUGAAACCAAUGUUUUGGGCAUGAAAGGACCGAGAAGAAUGAUUAUAGUUAUCCCCGGCAUGAACAAAGACGGUGAACGAGUGCCCAUACGGCCACGUAGUGACAAUGAUGGUCUCCUCAUGAGACAUCAAAACAGAAAUAUGGAGAACUUGAUAGAGCUGCGCAAUAAGACGCCAGUGUGGAACGAAGAGACGGCGUCACACGUGUUAAACUUCAACGGCAGAGUGACACAGGCCUCCAUCAAAAACUUCCAGAUUGUCCAUAACAAAGACCAGGACUACAUUGUGAUGCAGUUUGGGAGAAUUGCCGAUGACGCCUUUACUCUGGAUUAUAAUUAUCCUCUGUGUGCCGUACAGGCGUUUGCCAUCGCGCUUUCCAGCUUUGACGGCAAAAUCGCCUGCGAGUAAAAGAACCAAGACUUUCUUUUUGACCUGAUAUCUUUUUGUGAUUUUGUCACAUGCAACAAAUGGGAAACAUUGUCACUCAGCAUCAGCUCCAUGUAAUACACUACAAAACGACCAAAACUCAUGAACCUGAAAAUGAUAUUAUAGCCUCUGGGGUUACAUGAUUUUACAUGCCGUACAGAGACCUGCUGAGGUUCUAGACCGUCCUGAGUGGUUCUGUUCUCUCAAAAAUUGUGUAAAAUGUGCUAAAAUCAAAUAAUGGGUGGAGGAAGGAUAAUGUGUGUUGUUGUUUGAUUUGAGAGUGUGAAAGAUGACAAUGACCCCUGGUGGAGAGGAGGUCACAUUACACUCGGUAUGUGCUUGAUCGGGACUUCAGUAAGAGCUCAAGCCAGAGAAAAGUUUAUGGUUGAAUGUUGUCACCAGAAAUUGUGUAAUUUUAUGUUUAGAUGAUCUAUACAGUGUAAUGAAACGUAAUGUAUUUUAGUAUGGUCUGCUUUAUGUUUCAAACCAGAAAUCAGCGUUAUUACCAUAGCACAGGGGUUGCAAGAUAGUUUCAUACGGCCCCUCAAGUGUUAAUAAUUUGUGGAAGAAUGCUUGUAAGAGAGCGAGUGAGAGAGAAACAGAUUGUGUGUUGUGUUCUCAAAGCUUCAGAUUACAGCAAGGUCUAGAUUUAUCAAAGCAGAUAGUAAAAUUCAGAUUUUUGUGCAUGCAGUAUCACUUGCAUGGAGUAUGUCAAACAUCUCAACCACUCAUGCCGUUUCUUGCUUACUCAAGCAAAAAUGACUUGUAAAUCUCUUUUACAGAUGCAUAAUAAGUGUCAUUACAAAAAAUUUCCACAUCAAGAUGUAUAUGGGUGAUUCUUACGAAGCCUGUCAAGAAAAUGUCCUGGCCAUAUUUAACCCCAGUUCAACACAAAAAAAUAUGAAAUUAUAUUUUGCAUAAAGAAAAUGAAGCCUACUUUCUUAAGCAGAUUUUACUGCCGAAUUCUCAUUAAUGUAAUGUGUCCGAACGUUUUAAGUUUUCCUAUUGUUUUCAAUGAUGAUUCUCAUUACCAUAACUCCAUCAUUUAUUAUUGUUUUAGAGUAAAAAGCAUACUUUUGCACGAUUAUCUUUUAUUAAAAUCUGCAAAUAUGAAAGGCAGUGCCAAGGGAGGACUACUGAACUAUAAUGUUUAAAUGCAAUACAAUUUAAAUACCAUACAGUUUAUUUUUUUACGUUGCGGUAAGGAGAAUAGCAUAUUAACCCUUUAAGCUCUGAAGGUGUUUUUAAAGAUUUCCUGUUUCAGUAGCAUGCCCAAAACUAAAGGCUUCUAAAUUAUAAGUCUCUCAGCCUGCUGAAAAAAACAAAAAUAUUUGAGCCAAAAAGACACUUUUUUUCUUAUUAUUUUUAUGAUUUGACAUUAUAUAUCUCAGGGUGUAAAUAAAGUAGUAUCGAAAAACUGCUGUUGUUUUGUUACCAAUGAUGCCACCCAUAACUCUGUAAAAUUUUGUGUUGAUACAACAAAGUAAUUAAAAUGUAUAGCAUUACAAAAUAAUUUAUCCUAGUGUCCAAACACGACUCCAAGUGCCCAAAAGCCUCUCCAAAUAAAUAAAACAUAAUAAUUGUACAUAAGAACGAAUUACACAUGCAAAUACAACAAUGACUAAAGGUCUGCUCUCUCUCCAAAGAAUGCAGGCAUGAGUAACGAGAUCUCAUUCAGUUCCAUUCUGUGUCAUAUGAGCCAUCAUCGAGUCUGUGUCAUGUACUAUAUGUAGGCUAUAUGUGGCUAUAUGUAAUUAGAGUGAAAAAUCCUCUCUGCCCAUAUUUGGAUGACUUCCAUCUCUGGUUGCAGCAAUCUGAAUCCUAAUAUGAUUGGUUUAGCAUUCCAUGAUGCUGGACAACGUACUACAUCAUUUCCGAUGAAGUUACCUGAUCAAGGAAAGCUAACAUGUUUUUAGCCAGAUAGCACAUUAUGUGCUGUGUGCACAUUGUGUAUUAUCUAAUAAUCUCUGCAUCCAAUUACGUCCUGUGUGGGCUCGUUUUAACGGGAAUCCCCUCCUCUAAGUAAUGGUAUGUGAUAUUGUACAUUAUGUUUAUUAUUCUUGAAGUUGCAAAAACAUGGCUUAUAAGCAACACGUUUACUUGUAACAUGUAUGUCAAAGACAUAUACUUAGCUAUUACUUGUUACAUUUUUGUCUUUGAGUAAAACAAAUAGUCCGGUUGUAUUCUACUCUUUGAGAGCUUUCCAACAACAUUCAGUGAUUACAACAAUAUGUACAGUGCAAAAUUAUUAAUAAAUUAUCAAAACGGAACACCUCUGAUUUGUCUGCAAAUUUCAAAGCACUUGUUCCAUUUUGUUCAUAAUGCCUACAUGCAUUGUAAAGUAGAGCUUCUAAGCUUUUAAAUGGAUUUUGUGUUGGUUAAGACUCUAGUUAUUGAUAUUUUGAUCAAUAUUAUUUUCUCGCUGGCACUGCGGUGAGAAUUGGGAGGUAAAAUCUGCCGUAACUGUCACAAAAAUAAUGCAACAAUGUAAAAAAAAAAACUGUAUGGCCCUAAAACUAUGCUUUAUUUUCUAUUUACAAAAUAUAAUUUAUUAUUUGUUUAUUUUAAAUUUGGAUUAAAAUAGGACCAGGACAUUUUCUUGACAACACUGAUGACAAAGUGAAUGCAUUUAUUUUUUUUUAUCAAGCAUUUGGUGUAUAAUUGUUUUGUUUGUCCUUUUAUAUGUCAUUGUAGUUUUCAUGUAACACAGAUUACUUGUAUAACAUACAAUAAAAUGUAUUUGAUGUAAACCCAUAAUUGUCUUAUGGCAUGGAAACAUAAAUCCAGUAUAGGCAUAUUUCCCUCCAUUUUCAUCUAUUUGAAUGUAAAUGUAGAA